AUGUAUUUAAUUCCAAAUUUCUAAUUUUUAUUUGACAUAAAGUCCAAUAUAAAAAUAAGGUAUGUGGAAGUACAUUUGGUAUAACCUUUUCUAUUACUUUACACAACAAAUCAAAUUUUGUAGAUUUGGGAUUAUGAAAAAAAAACUUGUUUGAGAGCAAUAAAUGUUUCAUAAAUCGAACCAGAUAGAGUAUAGGAAGUAAAAUAAUUUAAAUUUCAUGACAACUAAAUUAUUUAUAGACUCUUUAAUGAUUAAUCCUUAUAACUUUAGAAUAGCAUAAUGAUAUUGACAUCUGAUAAAUUGUAUUCAUACAAAUAUUGUUCUGAUUAUUCAGAUUUAAUAACUAAUGGUGCUAUUGGAGUUUCAAAUAAAUGUUUAGAAUUUAUAGAUUCUUAAUAUAUAGCAAUAGGAGGAGAAGGAGUAAAGAUUAUAGAUUUGAAAUAGAAUCUAAUUGUUAAAACAAUGAAAGGAUAUCAUUAGAAAGGGAUUAAUUAGAUGUUAUCAUAUAAAUAAAACUAAUUUGAUAGACCACGUCUUGUUGUUAGUAGUUUAGAUGGAACAAUGGCUUGUUGGAAUGCUGAUACUGCUAAUGAAUAACCAACUUUCAAAUUCUUGAUGUUAAAAAAAGGUAAGUAAUUGAUGACUGCUAAUAAUGGACAAGAAAUCCUAUCAAUUGCAUAUGAUCCUUAUGAUUUCUAAAUAGUUACUGUGACAGAAAAUUAUAUUACUUUGUGGAGUUCUUUGAAUGGCAUGGAAAUUAAUAGAUUCAAACCUCCUAUUCCAAUUAAAGAACUUGUUCACAUUAGUCAUUCGAAUUUUCCUUCUUAAACAUAUAUUGGCCAUACAAGAUCAUCUGAAAUUUAUGCUUUAUUUUUAAUAGGAAAACAAUAAAAGAAAUUUGAUUAUGUUUUACUUUUAGAUUUAAAAAAUGUUCCAGAUGUUGAUAAAUAAAUUAAAAUCAAUACUAUAACAACCAAUAGAUUAAAAUCAAAUCUUCUUUGUAUUGCUACUACUCAUGGCUUAUUUUUAUUAUAAGCAUCUGAAUUUUUAUAGAAGUAUUGUUUUCAUCAUACUUUUUUUUGUUCAUUAACUUUAAAUCAAAGUAAAAUGUUUGUUGAUGAUACUGGAUUACUAAAGAAAAUAACCAAUAUUUCAUAAGAAAGAUUAAAAUAAUAUGAAAUUGAAAAUAAAUAGACUGAUUAAUCUAAUUUGAUGUAUCUAUCUACAAGUGGUAAAAAUGUUGUUUGUACAUUAAUUGAAUUUACCUAAGAACUUACAAAUAAAAAAGAAGAGUGGACUGUUAUGAGUAGAUAAAAUAAAAUAUUUACUUUUUAAACAUCCUACACAUGGGACGGUAUCCAUUUUAUUUUUUUAUUUAGAUUCUAAAAUUUUGACAUCCUUAUCAGGAAAACAUUUUGUUAUUCAUAAUAACAAUGGGUAAUUUGUAGUUCUAUCAAUCAAUAAUAAAAAUCUAAAUUAUGAUAUGAUGGAAAGUGAUCUUAAGUUAACCUUGCACUUUUUGAGUGAAUUAGAUUAACUUACAACUGGAAUUGCAAAUUCCAUAGCAUGGCAUCAAUAUAAGGAAGAAUUGAUAAUAUCUGUCCCUUUAAAUGAUAGAAAUUAAAAUGUUACUAUUGAAGAAAAAGUGGAAUCAUAAACUAGUGGCUUCUUUAAUUAAAAAACCUAUUCAAGAAAAAUUUAUAAUUAUUCAUCUAAUAUUGUGAAUUAUCAAAUUUAAAUUUAUGGCUUUGAUCAAACCAAAUAAACAAUAUUUUUAAAAGCGGCUAUAAAUAAUUUACCUUAACCAGAAAAAGUAUUUGGAGUUUUAAGUUACUAUUUUAUUGUUACAAAUUCUGAAAUUAAUGUUGAGGAUUAGAGACUAAAAACGGAAAUCAAACAACUAAAAUUGAAAAAUGGUUAAUUUUAUUCUUUUUAGAAUAAAGAAUUAAUACCAAUUGGUAAUUAAUUUAUAGCUCCACUUAAUGUUAUAAGUAAUAUCAAUGAGACCUUUAUAUUAUUUCAAUAUGAAAAUACAUUUUCUCUUUUGAUGAAAUAAAAUGGAUAAUACAUUCCUAUUUUAACUGAACACGAACAACUUACAGAUAGCUAUUUUUGGGAAGAUUUAUUAUUUUAUGUUACAUAGACUUAAAUUAAGAUGAUAGUAGUUGUGAAUUAAGUUGCUAUAACAAUAACAUUAGCUUAAUUAGAUCCACCUUAAAAUCAACUGUAAAGUUGUGAGUUUUUAAAAGCGAAUCAACUAGAUGGUUAGUAUCCUGAAAUAUAGAUCAGACCUAAUGGAUAAUUAAAAAUAGUAAUGAAUUAAUAAUAAUUUAAUAGUUAAUGAUACAUGAUAGUAAGCUUAUUGUUAUAAAUUAAGCACAAGAAAUUUCAUUUAUUCAUUUGAAGCAUGCUUUACUUGAGUUUUGUGUAUAAGUUUAUGAUAUUCUAAAAGAUUAAUUUAUAAGUUGAUGACUUUUAAAAAUGUGUUGAUAAUGCAAGUAAAUUAGAUUAGAAAAUGUAAAAAUUAAUUGCUUAAAUGUUUAUUACCAAAAAUGCAAUUGAUUAAAUACAAUAUUUGAAUAUGGAUUUACAUGAACGUUUGACUUUAGAAUUGGAUCAUAAUUUAAAUGAAACUCAAUUAACUGUAAUCAUAGUUAUAAUAUUUAGUUAGAUUUAAUAGAUUAAGUCAUGUUAACAGUAGUUGAAAAUAAAGAAAAAUUUAUUAAAGAUUUAGCCAUCAAAUUAUCUUAAUAAAAAAGGGAGGAAGAAUUAGAUUUAGUAAUUUAAUAUGGAUUAACUAAUUAAUUGUAAAUCCAUAAGUUAUAAUCAUUUAUAGAUUUCCCCUUUAUGAUAUUGUUCCUUUGUUAUCAGAUACUUAAAGAGAAUAUUAUUUGGAAUCUCAGGGGAUAUUUCAAAAUUUUUAGUCUCUUAAAGAAAUUAGUAAAGAAAAAGAAGAAGUUAUGCUUUAUAAUUUAUACAAUAUAUUCUAAUUAUGA